AUGUCGAUAUUAGAACAAGUAACUAUCAACGUCCAAGAUACUUUUCAUGAAAUAAAUCCUUCUAUAUUCAAGCCUCCAAGUUUUGAGCUUGGGAGGCCAUUAAAUACAACAGAGGAAAUAUUCGGGGAAGAUACUUUAAUCGAUGGCCACAAGGUUGUUCAUGUCCACGAAUUAAUUGAAGAUAACAACGGAAAUGUAUUUAGAGUUAUCGAUACUCUUGGAAACGGUACUUUUUCUUACGUUUACAAAUGUCAAUUAUUAGGCGAUAUUCAUUCAUUUUUUGCAAUGAAAAUCAUUAAAAAUUUACCACAAUACCAUGCAACCGGCAUAUCAGAAGUCAGCUUGCAUCAACUUCUAUCAAGUGCCCCAGAUCAUCCUGGAAAAAGCCAUAUAAUUAUGCCUAUUUCUAGUUUUGAAAUGGACAAUCACGUAAUUAUCGUAGAGCCUCUCUUGUUCAGGUCAUUAUUUGAAGGAAUUUAUCAAAAUAGGCCAGUUUCCCAAUUAUUGAGUACAAUUCGAAAUAUAAUGGAACAAAUUUUGCAGGGAGUUUCAUUUUUACAUGCGAAUGGAGUUACACAUUGCGACUUAAAGCCAGAUAACGUUUUAUUCGACGAUGAAAACAUGAAUAACUUGCAAAUCAUAGAUUUAGGUUCAGCAUCAAUGUCUCCAACAGGAGCAGGUGAUUAUAUUCAAUCUAGAUUCUACAGAAGCCCAGAAGUGAUUUUGGGUUUACCAUAUACAAACAAAAUCGACUUGUGGAGUGCUGGAUGUAUUGCCAGUGAGCUAUUUCUUAAUUUUGCAAUAUUUGCAACGAAUACUGAGUUCGAUACAAUUCAUUCUAUGGUUGCAUUACUUGGACCUUUCCCUGAUUCGAUGAUUCAACCUUCUAAACAAUGGUGGAAGUUCUUUGAUAUGACGAGAGAUGGAUAUAAGCUCAAAAUGGAUCCAAAUGACGUUUUACUUGAAAGACAUUUGUAUAAUUCAAUUUUCCAAGAAACAGGACCAUCAUCUCUUGAAAACUUGAUCAUGAAUCAUUGUGAUCUCGAAACAGAUGAUGAUGUCAAUUUAGUUUCUUGUUUCUCUCAUUUUUGCCAAUCCUUAUUGCAAUUUGAUCCAAAUACAAGAUUAUCUGCUGAACAGGCACUUAGUCAUCCAUUUAUUACUGAAGAUAUCUUCUCUGGAGAAUGGUAUCCUGAAUGCGAAGAAGAUAUUCCACAUGUUGCUCCAGUACAAACUCUUGUUAGAUCAUCUUCAAUGGAUAGAAUUGCCACUAGUGAUUUCCUCAAUAUGUUUUGA